UAAAAAACACAGGAGAGAUAUCUUAACAAGUGCGAAGUCAGAAGUUGACAGGGACAUAUCUAUAUGGAAAGUAAAUAACAAACUCAUAAAUCGGAGAAGAUGGCAGGCAAUCCUGAUGACAAUGAGCCCUUUGAGGUCCUUGACUUAGAAGCGAUUCGUAGAGGCAAUAACUGGAUACAGAAAGUGUUUGGAGACAUUUCAAAACAAUCUGCAGCGAAGCAAGUUGCUAUUGGAGGAGCUACGGGAUGGAUAUCUGGAUAUCUGUUUGUGAAAGUUGGAAAAAUAGCUGCUGCCACUCUUGGAACAACGAUAAUACUUGUACAGAUUGCACAAUAUAAAGGUUAUAUACAGAUAAAUUGGAAGAAAGUCCAGAAGGAAAUGAAUCUUGCCAAAAACCAAAUGUCCAAGGAAAUAUCUAAGAAAUACCCUCACUACUCCCAAAACAUUCAGAAUUUCUUCCGACAGAAUAUUUUCCUGGGUACUGGAUUUGCUGGUGGCUUCUUGAUAGGACUGGCCUUUUGAGACUCUAGGUCUCUGUAGGAUCUGUUUGUAUGAUAGAUUGAAAUGUUACUGAGAUUGAGUCUGACAUACUGCUUGUUUCUGACAUUUUACUUCCCUAAUGUUAAUGUAUAAAUGUAAGUGUGUUGGAUCUGAAGCUGAAUACAUGGGGACCUGUUACAGUGGUGACAGUUUAGCAGAUAUUCUGAAGGAUUUUAUUUUCUGCAUAAAGUUAAAAAUUUCUGAAAAUUUUUUUUUUUUUCAGAUUUAACAUGACUACAAUUUAGUAUAGUUAUUGUUUUAACAUAUCAAAUUUUGUAGCAUUUAACUUCAUGAUAUUGUGACGAUUAAAGCCAAAAUUUUAUGUUUGCCGUCCUUUCAGUGUAUUAUCUUUAAAGGAAAAAUUUUCUAUGGAAUUAACAAGCUAGUAGAAUUUGUUUUCAAUAUUUUUCCAGAAAACAAUUCUGAAAUAUGAGAAUCUUUAGAAUAAUCUGUAUGUUUUUAAUUUUGACUUAGGGUAUUGUAAAUUGAUGAACAGAUUUUGCAAGAAUAACCAGUCAUUAACUGUAUCUUGAUGUGUUGCUUAACAUGUACAUACAUGGUAACUCUGUUUUAUAAAUACUGUUUAUAUUGACUAGUCUGUUUUAUGCUCAUUUACAUCUAGUAAACUCUUAAAUUGAUUUGUUUGGAUUGAAAGUACUGCCAUUAUUUUGUAUUAACAGUUUGUACUUAACAGGCAAAAGAAAAUAUACAUGUACAGUAUACCCACUUAUCACAGAAAGACACUUCUCAAAACGAUGAAAUCACUUGCUCCUUUGUAUUAGCAAAAAAUACUCAAAAUUACUGACUUCACAUGUCGUCAUCAUGUUUAAAAUCCUCAAAGGCAAAAGAACCCAAAAUGAAAUGUCACUUAAAUUUACUUUAAUUUUUUUUUAGAUCAAAACUCAUUUUUCUGAACUAGGACUCAUUAUAUGAUUGCAAUGCAAACUUAUCUUCUUUAAUGUGAGGAAAGACUUUUGGACUUAAAUGGACUUAAAUGUGAGGAAGAACUAUGGGAAAGUAUCUCAUUGUGAUCAAUUCUUCAUGAGACAACUGAAUAGUUGCCAUAUUUUCCAGCAAUAAGCCAUGCAUGGUGUUAUGUACACAUACACAAAAAAUCUCAUGUUUGAAGCUUCAUAAUAUUAUUAACAUUUCAGUUUUCUUUAACAAGCUCUACUUUUUUCUGUAAUAAGCUCAACUUUUUUCUCUAAGCUCUACUUUGAAUUAAGUAUGAUGUAUUUUACCAUUAUACUCUGCUACUUCCACUUGCAGACAGAAAUAUGUGUAAUUCUGUAACAGUCACAUACAGGCAAAUGAAAAAAAUUUAAAAAAAAGUAUGUAUCUGACGUUUCAUAAAACAGACCUCUCUCUUUCAGCAGAUUAAAACUACCAGACUCUUAGUUCUAUAAUUGAACACAAUUCACAAAUCUAAUGGAAAUCUGUACAUUGGGCUCUAUUUUUUUUCUUCAUUUGUCUGUAAAACCAAUGCAAUCAUGGCUGGCCCUGGGUUUACUACAGAAUGCAAUUUUACUUGACAUGUGCCACAUUAGUGAUUUAAAUGUGAUUCAAAAGUUCAGUUGCAGGAUAUGAUACGGUUUUUCCUCCUAACCCUGGCUGUACAAGCCAGAUGUCACAUGGGAAACAACAGUUUUUACCCAUUUUGGGUGUGGAUUGUGUUCUUAUUUUUUGUGUUUGAUUCAGGAAUAAGAAUUUCAUGUUAGUAGUGAAGUAAAUGUUUUUAUAUAUCUAAGGAGCAUGUAGUACAAGUGAAAAACACCUCUUAUGAACAAUAUUCAACCCAGAAGAUUCUGUUUUCAGACUAACGUGGAUCAAUGUUUUCAUGUCAACAUAUAUGUUUUGUUUGUGUACAAAUGUAAGGCGACAAUGUGAUGACUAUUAAUACCAGAAAUAAAUCGAAGAGGCCAGUCGGUCUUAAAAGUCA